GGGCCUCUUACUACGACCUUCACGGCCCCGAGCUCGUGUAGUACCGACCUAUCGAAGCUAUACCAAGUCGUCACUAAUGGUGGCGAAGAGUACUGGGCUCAGGGACCUAUCAAUUUGGGCAGUUGUUUCCCUAGUGGAUACGGUGGAAAGACGAGCGAGUACUACUCUCCAGGCGUGUGUCCCAGUGGUUACAAGCCCGCGUGCACAGGGACAAAUGUCAAGGAGAUGGCAACAGAAACAGUAUAUACGUGCUGUCCG